CGGAUUGGUUGACUUAGCUCGGAACUGUGCCAUGGCUGAGCCCACAGAGCCGCCUGCACCUGCUGUAACACCUGCUCUUCAACAUGAAGAGUUGGCUGCGACCUUCACCAACGACUCAGCUAUGAUGAUCGCUUUUGAAAGAGCGCUAGAGACGAAGCGUGGUGCUGACGCACUUUUUCAGGAUCCCUUUGCAGAGGCGAUGGCAGGUCCUAAGGGAGCAAUGCUAUCAGACUUGUUCGGUGGAGGUUCGGCACAUUUUGGACUACCGGAUUGGCCAAAUUUCCACAAGACUUGGACAGCUGUACGGACUCGCUUCAUCGAUGAUCAGAUUCAGAAAUAUGCUGGAUCUGGACUUCAGCAACUCGUGAAUUUGGGUGCUGGUAUGGAUACCCGUGCAUACAGACUGGAAGCUUACAAGGCCUUUCCAAAUGGUUGCUUUGAUGUAGAUAUGGCAAGCGUGAACCGUGAGAAGCGGAUUAUUUUUGAAGAAGUCUUACAAAAUCCAGCUCCCAAAUGCAAACUUGCGACCAUUGACCUGGAUUUCCUGGGUGAAAGGAGAUUGCAGCAGGAACUAGCAGAAGCUGGCUUUGCAGCAGAGAAACCAAGCCUUUUCGUGGCUGAAGGACUCAUCAUGUAUUUAGGGCCUGAAGGGAAAUUCAAACUGAUCAGUGACGUCUCUGCAGUGGCUGCACCUGGCUCUGUUUGGGUGCUGCAGUUUUUGGAUCCUUCUGAGGGUCCUGCAGCAGAGACUCCACAGGCGAAACAUGGUCUUACGGAAGACGAGGCGCGCAAGGCCCUCACAGAGAACGGUUGGAGAGACUUAACUUUUUGGAAAUUUGGAGAGGAAGGUCUCAACUUUGAUCGCUUUCCCUUGGACAAGUUCAAGCCCUGUGCAGGCUUCUCUUUCGCAGUCGCUGUGAAGGCUUAGGAGCCGAAGCUGAACGCUUUGUCUGAAGCUGAGGUCGACGUCAUCGAAAAAGAUGCGGCCGAAAAUCGAAACCGAAGUGCGGUCGGAAAACUUCUGAAUUGAAUAACUUUUAGAAAUUCAAAGAGUCGAGGAAGAAGAGCGCUCCAGG